UUUUUAUGCUAGAUAGAUAGAUGUUCAUUUGCUUUAAACUAAUACAAAUUCACAUUGUAAAAGUAUGUAUAUAUAUAUAGUGUAGAGGAGUAACCACAGGGGAAAUACAAUACUUUACAUGAAGUCUUAAUUUACCUCAAUUUCAUCACUUAUAGUACAGGAGGGAAUUUAAGGACCUGUAGAAAACCUGACAUGUAUGGUAGGGUAACAUUGAGGAGUAAGUUAACCCGCACGCACACAUGACACGAAUCGCAACUGAUCAUUGGGUAGUACUACAGUAUUUAACUUAAUGAGGCAAAUCAUGUCAUUAAGCUUUAAAAUAUUCACCCCUCAAAAAACAUGGUAAAGGUGGAACAAAUGGCCAAUACCAGAAGGAGUACAGUAGUUCGAUUUCGUUAAUUUAUCACACAGAUAUUCUUUGGAUGAUAGUAAGUAUUAAAAACAAUAAAAUGCACAGAAUCUCAUAAAACCUGACCUAACCAACCAAAGAAACCUACCUAACCUUACUAAACUUCCUAGCUGGUGGGCGGCAUAUUAAGCAGAAAGAACUUACUUUGAUAUACGGUAUAUAUUUGGUACCAAUGAAAGCAAAUUUAUUGAAGCAACAUAGUGUAAUUUUACGUUUUUUUGUUGCAGUGAGAAUGUGGUUCUGUUACUAACACAAACCAAGAGAGAAUGAUAACAUGCGCCGAAAUGGCAGAUUUUUCUACGCAAUAUUUACAGUAACUAUUUAAUUUUUUUGCAUAUGUUCAGAUUUUCACUGGGUUUUACCCCGCAAUUUCCUGCAUCCUUCAUGCCCUGCCCACUACAGAGAAGCUUUGAUUGUAGAUAGAGAAAAACGAAAAAAAUGCAUAUAAUUUUUAUUAUUUACCAAGUUACUGUCAUCCAAGGAACAACUCUGAAAAAAAUGAAUGAAAUCUUAGCAAAUCUGUCUGGUGUUAGCUGUCUGCUCCACUUUUACCCAAAAGAUUUCAAGAUAAUUGUCAAAUUUUCAUACAUCAUAAAUGAAUGCACGAUCUUGCGAGGGAAUCUUCCAGAAAGUACCUAAAUGUGGGUGGAGUUCCACUGUUCAACAGUUUCCUCCUGUCAGCCUUGCUGAGCACAAUGCAAGCCGUUCCUGAGGAUGAGGGUGGUAGUCCCCAGGUUUCAAUGAUGUCAGAACUACGUUUCCUUCCACCUUGGGCAAAGUCACAACUGGCACACAUUCUGGAAGUUACACAUGGGUGGCGGGAGGUGAUGGGUCGUGUACCCAGUGCUCCCUGGACACCAGGAGAUCCAAUCCCUGAGGGUCUUCAUUAUCCUAGGAAGUAUUCUUCAGAUGAUAUCCACUUAAUAUCAGAGGAGUGUGGGAGAGACCGUCGAGAGGGUUUUGAAGUUUUACUGGAGGAAUGGGGUACUAGUGGGCGGUGUCGACCAACUGUACAAGACCUGGUGUCUCUUCUACGGCUAACUAAGCUCUACCGUGCCAUGGACUACCUCACUAUGGAUGUACUUCAUGGGGAACCUCUACCAAGGCUAGGAGGAGACAAUGAUCCUGUUGAAGAUUUAGAUAAGGUUCUUGAAGAUGGACUCAACAGUCAACAAAACUUCAUGUAUAUUCAUGAAGCAGGUGCAUGUGGUGAAGUAAAAGAAAACCCAAGCACUUGUGAUAUUAAUAAAGAUAGUCAUAAGAACUUGAUGUCCACCACAACACAUAUUAUAGAUGACAGAACAAGAGUGAUGGAUCCCUCUGGAAACACGACCCUUGAACAUUCUCAAGCAGGAGAAUCUCUUCAUCUUGAUGCUGAAGUAUUGCAGGAUCUACAAAGUUCAGGUUUUACACAUUUCAGUUAUUCAUUACUGAAGGAAAUCACCAAUAACUUCUGUGAUGUGCCUUUGGACUUAGGAGGAUAUAAACUGGGUGAAGGAGCAUUCGGCAUGGUGUAUUUGGCCAAGAUAUUUCAUGAAGACCAUGAGAAAAAAGUUGCAGUGAAGAGACUUAACUCUGGAGAAAUUAAGGUUGAAGAGCAAUUUAAAACAGAAAUUGAAGUUCUCUCAAGGUGUAUUCAUGAAAACUUGCUACCACUUGAAGGCUUUUCUUGUGAUGGACCUGAUUGGUGCCUUGUGUAUGCUUAUAUGGCCAAUGGAAGUCUUCAAGAUCGUCUAGCUUGUUGUGGUGGCAGCAAACCUUUGGACUGGCAGACUCGUGUAUGUAUUGGUGAGGGAUCAGUGCGUGGUAUUGUCCACCUCCACACCUACCAGGAGCGACCACUUGUUCAUCGGGACAUUAAGAGUGCCAAUAUUUUGCUGGAUAAGAAUUUUACUCCCAAGGUUGGCGAUUUUGGACUUGUUCGCCUUGGAGGCAGUGGAACUCACACGAGGACUUUAAUCAAGACAACAACUGUAUUUGGCACAUCAGCCUAUAUGGCCCCUGAAGCAUUUAGAGGGGAUAUUUCUGUUAAGAUGGAUACAUUCAGCUUUGGAAUUGUUCUGCUGGAGCUGCUGACAGGCCUUCCAUCAUAUGAUGAAGAACGGGAAGGAUGUGAUCUGUUAUCACAUGUUCAGGAGAGUGAGGCGGAGGUCGCUGACUUACUGGAUAUAAGUGCCGGCACUUGGGAUAUUGAGGUUGCCUCACAGUUGUUUGCUUUAGCUGAACUCUGCACUGAGGCUAAGAGGAAAAGACCAACAAUGGUACAAAUUCUCCGUGAUUAUUCGAGCAUUUUUAAACAUUAGAGUAUCUGUGCAAGUGUUGUCUUAUGUAUGAUAUGUAUUAUAAUAUAAUACAGUAGUGUACAUUCCUUUUAUAUGUCUCUCUUGAUUAUACUGUAUAAUAUGAUACAGUACUUUACAUUGAUGUAAUAAUAUUUUAAUAUAUUUAUGUAAAUCAGAUGGGGAGGACCGCUCCCACACUUGUUCUAAUACCCUGUAUCUUUAUUUCUCAUUCUUUCCUGGUUGUCACUCAAUAUCUACUACAAUUUCUUCAUUUCAGUUCUCUCAAAUAAUUUCUCCUUGCUCCAUACAUCAACAUUGAACAAACCAUGUCUUUCUAUCUUCAACUCUUAUUUUCUAACUUAAAUAGUCUGUGAAGUGUUAUGUCAUUCUCAUUAUUACAGUAAACCCUCAUUUUUUUGUGUUAGGUUGUGUUUCUGCCCACUCAUGGUAUACAUGGUACUGUAUACACUCUUAUACUGUACAUGGUUCAGCAUGGUGGUCAAAUGAGUCAAAAAAUUUUAAUUUCUGUCAAAUGUCCCUCCCUGAAUGCUGCUGCUAUCUCCAUUCUUCUUAACACACACACAUAUACAGCCUCUUCCACUUCCACCUGGUACAGUCAGUGUUGUCAAUCCUUCCUCUCUGUGCAGUGUGAACCCCAGCAGUAUCAUGCUCCACCCUGAGGUAUGAUUGAAUGUUCCAUUAAGCUUAUGUUUGUUGUGUUUGAUUACCGGCACUCAUUUCUUCAGAUUUAUACUGCCACAAACAAAUUGUAAAAAAUCAACAUAAUGUUGACAUGGGAACUCUUCCAUCUUGUAGGCAAUCCCUCCUUCAGCACAUAAAAAGGGUAAACUAUUAAGUUGGCAUAUGGAAAAGGUUUCACAUCCCUUGCCCAGAUGUUCCUGAUGUCCCUGAUGGAGACAUUCUACCACCUAAAUUAGUAGACAUCCUGGAAGAUACGACAGUAUAGAUCUGAAAAGUUCAGAUAAUGAAGACUUUGCUGCAGACAGCUUGUCUGCCUUGUAUGAUGAUGAUGACUCUGAAGGUGAUUAAUAUGAUUAAUACUGAGAGCAUUUAGUUGUCAAGACAAUAAUUAAAAUACAAACCAUUAUAUUGUAACUUAUACUAAUAGGUUUAACCAGAUGAUUCAACCAUAAUUGUAACAAUGUUGGACUAAAUUGCUUAUUCUAGUUCAAUACUGAUUUUAAACAUAAUUUUAGGUCAUGAAUGUAUGAAUACAAGUAAAGUUGGCAGCAUUUGUACAGCUAGAUGUAUUUUGUCCAUAAUUCUGUAAUUGAUAAUGUUGAUAUGUUACACGAGACGCUUUAAAAAAAAAAGACAUAUGUAAUUUGAAUUUUUUCUUCUUUAUUGUAAGAAAAAUAUUGUUUUCAGAUCACACUUUUCAGAAUAACAAUAUACAGUAAUCAAACCAUGUGACAGAGUCUGUAAGUUAACAAGAUAGAAAAGCUGAAAAUUGGUAUUGAAUAUGUGCAUAGCACAUCCCAAUAGUAUUGGUUUUAAUAUAUUUAUUCCUUAUAUAACUUAUAGAAGUACUGUACUGUGUCUAGGUAUUUUGCUGAAGAAACUCAAUUUCUGUUGAUGUCGUACAUAUGAAAUGUGUAAUUAAUGCACUUACAUCUGUGCUAAAUAGCUGGUCAGUUGCUCAUUUUCAAGCUUAUGGUGUUUAUUUCAUAUUAGACUGCAGUUAUUUCAAAGUUAUAAAAUAAUAGUAUGCUGUUUGGGAAAAUGCAAGGAGACGUUUUAACCUCAGAAUUUCACAAACGCGCUGACCACGCAUUCAAAAUGGUCCCACUAUACAGUUCAUGGUGCAUCCCUAAAUUUUGAAUGUUAACAUAUAUUUUCUCCUUUAGGAGACUCAUGGAACAAAAUGGUACAGUUGCAGAAAUGUGUUCCUACACCCCCUGUGGUUACCCUUGUCUCCAAACAGCAUCGUCGCAGUAGUAGUAUCACUAUUUAUGAAUGAAUGAUUGUGUAUUGGUCGUGUAACGACGUACGUGAUUGGUGGAUAGGUUUGCUAUACAUCAUGCAGGUUGGUCAUUUGAAGACAUGGGCUACCACAAAGUGUGUAGGAACACAUUUCUGCAACUGUACCAAAGAAGUACUAGAUUAGUGGGGGGGUUGAAGGGUUACUCUACCUAGCCCACUGCACAGUACAGUACAGUAUACAUUUGGGUAUUCCCUUAGGGUCUCAUUACAGUACAGUAUUGACUUUUUUACCAUGGAAGAUGUAUGUGCUUCAACUCUGUGAACCUCCUGCACCACUAUAACAGAUAACAAGGAAGAAUAAUAUAAGAAAUUUUUUGUUCUUGUUUAAGAAGAUUCUUGUUCAUAAAUUUUCAAGUUUGGUUAUCAGUGGAAAGGUUAUUUCUUGUACAGUAGAAUGUAAAGAAAGCACAGAGAAAAGCAGAGAAUUGGAGUGAUAUGACAUUCAUCUGUAGUGGGUUGUGACUGUACCGGACAGCUGGUGAUCUACCUUUCCCGUAGUCAGCCAAGAACCUUACACCCUAUUUUCCAUAGACCCUAAGUACAGUAUUUUUUACAUAGAUCCUCUUUGUGGAGUGUUUUUCAGAAACCUAACCACCAUGUAAAUUGAGGGUUUACUGUAUUUGUAAUUUUUUCAAACUUUAAUGAAAAAUCUUAAUACAGGGGUACUUAUCAAAGAAAAUUGUGCAGUCCUUCUAUUUGACUAUUGUUUGACUAAACAGUUCAUAUAUAAUUUUAUAGUGUGCUUAGAUGUUUAUAGCUUUUAUGUCAGUUAUGUACACUUACAUGAAGAAUUGUUUGUUAAUAUCUUUUGUCAAUAUCUUGGUAAUUUUCCUUGGGCCUACUAUUCUCUUACAGAUCACUUGCAUUCAUAAAUACCUCAUUUUUACACUUCCCUCAUUUCUAUUAACACCAUUUCAUCAUCCUUAACCAGAGAUUUAAAGGGAUAUAGCAGUGACAAUGUCCAUUUGUGUCAAAUUUAAUGUCCUCGUAACCUUCUGGAGACUUGAUGGACUGAUUCCAGUUUGGAAGAGAAAAUUCAUUAUGACUUAGGCCCCAGCUAGGAUUUGUUGGAUGUGUGCUAGUCCUAUUGAUCUUAGAGCUACAGUAGUGUAUAGCUUAGACUUGGAUAAAUUCUUAUAGCUACAAAUAUGGUGUCCUAUUGAUAAUUUUUCAUAUAUUAAGUGGACACAUUUCAAUUUCAGUAUGAAAGUUUAUGUUUGGGUCUUGCUUGGAAUUAUUGGUUGUAGUGAUACCCUUAGAAAAUUUGUAUUUAUGGUACUUUACAGGUAUACUUCAUUUUAAUAAAAUUGGGUAGAUAAUGGUAAACAUUAUUUCUGCAAGGAAACAUUCCAAAUAUUCAGUGAAUUAAUUUCAACUGUAGUGUGAAGGUAUACAAUAGAAGGACCUUGAUUUGGAUUACAGUAUCAGGCAUAAAGGUACAGGGUAGCCUCAGUUAUAACUGUGGGAAAGUGUACAGGCCAAGAGCACGAUAACUACAAGUGAUAGUGAUUGAGAUAAUUUACACAGAGGAUAUUGAAAUAUGGAGAAAGAUGACCAAUUUAGAGGGAAAUUGAGCCAUUAAUGAUCAGACCUAUAGGUCUAGCAUAGAUAAUGAAAGGAGCAAAACAGUUGUGGAAGAAGGAAACCAUGAAUUAGAGAUUUUAUAUUAUGUAUACUGUACUGUACUAUGAAAUGUUUUUGUAUUAUGUACAGUAUUUUUCAUAUAUAUUUAUGCCAUUUAUGUAUUGCUAUGUAUUGUAUACCAUUCAUGCAUGUACCUGCCACAUAUGUCAUAUGUUAUGUAUGUUAGCUAGCUGCUGGCACUACUUUGUUACUCAGUGUAUGAAUGUGCUGGUGUGCCUAUAGUGGCAACUUUCAACAUCUGCCAAAUUCAGUUCCCACCUAUCUGCUGCCUGAAUCACACCCUGUAACUCUGUAGUGUAAUUUUUUUCCACAAGUAAAUAUCAGAAUCCAU